AUGGUAAUGAUAGCUGUUAUGAGUGGCAAGGGAGGAGUCGGGAAGAGCUCUAUCUCCAUAAUGCUUAGUACAAUGAUGUCUGAAAGAAGAAAGACACUGCUUCUAGACUUUGACUUAUGUGGACCAAGCAUAACUAGUGGGUUUGGGAUUAGAGAAAACAUCUUCAAGGGAGAAAAGGGAUUGAUCCCGGCAAAAGUGACUGAGAGCUUAUAUAUACUUUCAAUGGCACUACUUAUGAAAGAUGAUGAUUCAGUGAUAUGGAGAGGUCCAAAAAAAAUGUCCGUCCUGUCAAUGUUUUACGAAUCUAUUGACGGAUUUAGCAAUGUGGUUAUUGACAUGCCGCCCGGGAUAUCUGAGGAGCAUGGAUUUCUAAUCGGGAAGGAUAUUAGUACUCUGAUUGUUACCACCCCUCAGAAUAUAUCUCUUGAGGAUUCUUCCAGAGCAAUUGAUUUCUGUACUUCGAAUGGUAUCGAGAUUCUCGGAUUGAUUGAGAACAUGAGUGGAUAUUGUUGUGAAUGCUGUGGAAGCUUCACCAACAUAUUUGGGUCCAAGGGAGGAGAAAGACUUGCAAAAGAAAUGGGCAUUCCUUUUGUAUGUAGAUUGCCUGUAGACCCUUUGCUAUGCGAGGCGCUAGAUGAGGGUGGAUUUACAGAAAAGUGUGAAUCGGCAGAUGCCUAUAUAAGAUUCAAAAGGUCUAUUCUUGAAAUAAUGAAUGUUUAA